AUUAAUUUACGAAUUGGAAAAUCUGACACCGGAAGUUGUGAUUAUUUUGAACUCACGUUUGUUCAGAUAAAACUUACAAACAGUGAUAAAUAUAUAUGUAAAAAUGCCGAAGAAUCAGAAAAAAAGAGGACCUUAUAAUAAAAGACGUAAAACUGAGACUGGAAUUGAUGAACAUUCAGACAAUGAUCAAGAAGAAACUGUCACAACAUGUAGUAAAUAUGACAACCAUGAUAUACACACAGCUUCUUAUGAGGAAGAUACCAUAGCUGUAGUAAUAGAAUCAGAUAAUAUAGGAUCUGCUUGUUCCCCAAGUCCUACAUGUAUACCAGAAGAUGAAGUUCCAUCAUCAACAAGUGCAAAAAACUAUGUAGAUGAGACAUUUAUGUUGAGAAAUUUAAAGACAAGUUCUACAAUUGAUCGUGUUGAUAUCAAUACAGUUGUAGCUGAUCAAGAUUGCAUUGAUGCUGAUAUGGACAACAGUUCUGUCAUAAGUGAAGAUCAUAUAACAAACACUGUUAACAUUAAUCAGAGAACACAAAACUUUGAAUACAAUGAACUAGUAAAUGAGGAGAUAGAUGAACUACCAAUUGAUGGUCAGUUGGCAGAUACUGAAUUUGCUGAUGAGGAAAAUGCUUCUGUUAUCAUUGAUCCUAUUGCAGAGACUAUAAUUGAUGAAACACCCAAUAUACCAGAAAGACCAAAUCCAACAGAAAAUGAAGUUAGAGAUACAAACAUUCCUCUUUAUGUAGGAUGUUCUAAAUCUGUAGGACUAAUUUUGCUAAUGAUAUGUAGUCUAAGCAUUAGAUUCAAAUUGUCUGAUGAAGCACUCAGUUACAUUAUUGCAGUAAUGAAUAUGAUAAUGCCAGAUGAAAAUAACAUGAUUAAAAGUGUCUAUACUGUUAAAGAGUAUCUUAAGAAAUUUGUAAAUUUCCCUACAAUUCACUAUCUUUGUUCACAUUGUGGAACACACACUCAAAAGGAUGCUAAAACUUGUACAAACAAACACUGUGAAAAAGAUUUAACUCAGUUUGGAUCGGUUGGUUACUUCAUUCAACAUUCUGUCAUAGCACAGUUGCAGCUUAUGGCUAAAAGAAGUUCUUUCUUGCAGAAAAUUCGGUCUUACAGAUUUGAUCAUUAUUCAAAAAAUCCUGACAAUAACUACCGUGAUAUAUAUGAUGGAUCAAAUUACAAAAAUGUUUUUCAAAAGGGCUUUCUUAAAAACCCCAAUUCAAUAUCCUUUUCAAUGAAUACAGAUGGAGUUCAAAUAUUUAAAAGUUCAAGUAUGUCCAUGUGGCCAGUUUUUAUGAUCAUAAAUGAACUACCACCUUCAGAAAGAAAACUUAAAGAAAACAUUGUUUAUUAUGGUUUAUGGAUUGGAGCAAAGAAGCCACUUAUGUGGAGUUAUUUAAAACCAUUGCAUGAAGAACUCUGCAAGCUAGAAGAUGGGGUAGAACUCGUAGACAAUUGUGGGAGCAAUUUUACUUUGAUGGGUACAUUACUGAACUGUGUAUGUGAUUUACCAGCAAGAUGUCUAGUCAGCAAUAGUAUGCAGUUUAACGGAAAAUAUGGAUGCUGGUUUUGUCUUCAACCAGGUGAAACUUAUACCACUAACAAAGGAGGACACGUUCACAUUUUCCCAUAUUGUGAAAAUGAACCUAAGGGACCAUUAAGAACAGUGGAGAAUUUACAAGACGACGUUAAUCAAGUUGUUGGGAAAAUCCAAACAAAUGAAAAGAACUUUAUUGUUCGAGGGAUCAAGGGACCUUUCUGGUUCAUGUUUUUGAAACAUUUCAAUGUUAUCCAUGGAUUUGUCAUUGAUUAUAUGCAUGGGGUAUGUGCUGGAGUUAUGAAAAUGCUUCUUACUUUGUGGUUUGACAAGCAACAUAAAACAGAGAAUUUUUCAAUGUUUAUACAUAAAGGAUCAGUAAACACAAGACUAAGUUCAAUACAUCCAAACUUACAUAUAACCAGACCACCAAGAAGUUUAGAUGAUUUAAGCCAUUGGAAGUCUGCAGAGUAUCGGAACUUUUUAUUUCUUUGGAGUUUGCCUGUCCUUCAUGAUAUCUUGCCAAAUGAAUAUUAUUUACAUUUUUCUUUAUUAGUUCGUGGAAUUUACAACCUAGCAAGGGAAAAUGUUUCCGACAAGGAUCUAAAGAAUGCCGAAAGAUGUUUAUUUCUUUUCAUUGAGAAUUUCCCAAAUUUAUAUUCUUCUAGAUAUCUAACAAUGAAUUGUCAUCAGCUUUUGCAUAUCACUGAUUGUGUACGCGCUAAUGGACCAUUGUUUGUGAAUAAUUGUUUUGCUUUUGAAGAUCUUAAUGGCUAUAUUAUUAAAAACAUUCACGGAACUACUGGAAUUGAAAUGCAAGUUAUUAAUGCAAUUACAAAAAUGCAAGCACUACCAACAUUACAGGAACUUCAUAUUGACAAAGGAUCAACAGAUGAAGCCUUAUUUAAUAGCAUGACAAGACCAAAUUUCAUUCACAAUGCAGAUUGUAUCGAAGAGGGAAUAUUUCACUUAGGGCAAACAUUUAAAAUGAGACUUGAUGAUUCAGAAUACACUGCUGUAUGUGAUUUUCUAGGAACAUGCUUGCCUCAACUUGAUAUAGUUGAAUACAAAAAAAUAUUCAUAACCAAAAUAUCAAGUGCAGUUUACGGUACUUCCUAUGGGCGCUUACUUAAAAGAAAUCAGAGUGUUGUGAAGUAUGAUGCACUAGAUGUAGUACAUUUUGGGAGUGUAAAAACAUUUAUUCAGAUAGAAAAUUUUGACGGUGGAAUUUUGAAUGUGGCUCUUAUACAUCCGUUUACAACAUUGUUAUCAUAUACAAAUCAACAGUCUUGUCACCAAGUAACAACUCAAUUUGAAAAUAUUGUUGCAGUUCCUUUACAAAAUAUUUUGAAAGUAUGCACUUUUGUGAAAUGUGGAAAAAAUCUUUUUGUUGUCGAGUUUCCAAACAAAUAUGAGAAAGAUUAAAGUAAGAAAAUCCUUUAUUAUGAACAUAUGAUAUUAGCUCAGAUUAAUUUCAGGAAAAUAAUUAAUAGAUAAUCUGUAAAAAUGUACAUGAGUAUAAACGUAUUUAUGUCAACCAUCAAGAUAUAUCUGUUUAUUAUAUGAUCUAAUAAUAUACCUGAAAUGAU